AUACUGUUUUCUCUCUCUUUAGUGUGUUUCUCCUCUUUGGAGUCCUUUCUUUCUGCUUUCAAGGCUUGCAAGUUUUGGGGAGCCCCAGUGGCCGAAGUUGACCGCCAGGCGGAGGAGAAGUUUGGGAGGACACAGAAAGGGAAGCCCCAAGGAGGCGGAGAAGAGGAGGAGGAGGAGGAGGAGGAGGAAGACUUUGGUUCUGCCUGCCACUCCCCAACCAGCUCUGCAGACGUUGUGUGCCUCUCUCCCACUCGGGAAACACAGCCUAGCCUACCUCCCAAUUCCUUGUGGAUUAUUUAUGAGUCGGGAAUUGCUCCCCACCCCCCACCCCAUGGAUUACGAGUUGCUCAGGAAGAAAGGCAAGCCUCCCCAUGAACGCUAAAGGGAGUGUCUUGGGAAGGCUCCGCUCCGUCCCUUGUUAGAGCGAGGAGUGAGCUCUGUUGUGUCCCUCCGAGCGCACUCCUCGCUCUCUCUCUCUCUCUCUUUCUCUCACCCCCUUGGAAGGCUUCUUCUUCCGCGCCUCCUUUUGUCUCCAGCCCGAAGCCCGGGCUCUGCUCGACAUGGUGGGGAUCGGGCGACGGCGGCGGAGGAGAGCAUGAAGCCGCCGGGAUGGGCGCCAACAAUGGCAAGCGGUAUGGCAGCGAAGGUAAAGGGAGCUCAAGCAUCUCAUCCGACGUGAGUUCAAGUACAGAUCACACACCUACCAAAACUCAAAGAAAUGCCGCUACCAGUGAAGAUUCCGACCUGAGCAUGCGUACCCUCAGCACACCCAGCCCAGCACUAAUAUGUCCCCCAAGUUCACACAGCUUGCAGAAUGGAAAGUCAUCUUCCACCUCUUCCUCUUCAGUCACUGGGGAAACCAUUGCGAUGGUUCACUCACCUCCUCCAACCCGACUCACCCAUCCGCUCAUCCGCUCUGCCUCUCAGCUUCAGAAGGAACAGGCCAACAUCAAUCGGCUCCCAGAUCAGUCAGUGAUCCAGAUCUUCUCCUUCUUGCCCACUAACCAACUGUGCCGCUGUGCCCGAGUUUGCCGCCGCUGGUAUAACCUCGCUUGGGACCCCCGCCUUUGGAGGACUAUUCGCCUGAUGGGUGAGACAAUCAAUGUGGACAGAGCGCUGAAGGUGCUGACCCGGCGACUUUGCCAGGACACACCAAACGUCUGUCUUAUGUUGGAGACAGUAAUUGUUAGUGGCUGCAGGCGGCUCACGGACAGAGGUCUCUACACCAUUGCUCAGUACUGUCCAGAACUGAGGCAGCUGGAGGUGUCGGGUUGCUACAACAUUUCCAACGAGGCAGUCUUUGAUGUGGUCUCGCUAUGUCCAAACCUGGAGCACUUAGAUGUAUCAGGUUGUUCCAAAGUGACGUGCAUCAGCUUAACUCGUGAAGCUUCCAUCAAGUUGUCCCCAAUGCAUGGAAAACAGAUUUCUAUCUGCUACUUGGACAUGAGUGACUGCUUUGUCCUUGAGGAUGAAGGACUGCACACCAUUGCUGCCCACUGCACGCAAUUGACGCACCUCUACCUACGCCGCUGCAUCCGCAUCACUGAUGAAGGCCUCCGUUACCUGAUGAUUUACUGCACUUUCAUCAGGGAGCUGAGUGUGAGCGACUGUCGCUUUGUCAGUGAUUUCGGCAUGCGUGAGAUUGCAAAGCUGGAGUCCCGCCUCCGGUACCUCAGCAUCGCCCACUGUGCCCGCAUCACUGACGUCGGCAUCCGAUACAUCACCAAGUACUGCAGCAAGUUGCGCUACCUCAAUGCGCGGGGCUGUGAGGGCAUCACAGACCAUGGAGUGGAGUACCUUGCCAAAAAUUGCACAAAACUCAAGUCACUUGACAUUGGGAAAUGCCCCCUGGUCUCCAACAUUGGCUUGGAGUUUCUGGCUCUGAACUGCUUCAACCUGAAACGACUGAGCCUGAAGUCCUGCGAAAGCAUCACUGGACAAGGCCUGCAGAUUGUGGCUGCCAACUGCUUUGAUCUACAGAUGCUCAAUGUACAGGAUUGUGAAAUCUCAGUGGAAGCUUUGAGGUUUGUUAAACGCCAUUGUAAGCGCUGCAUCAUAGAGCACACCAACCCUGCCUUUUUCUGAAGUCAACUAUUAACUCUUUGUUGAUGAAAGCAAAGUAUUAGAAAUGUUUGUAUGGGCAUAUGUGCCUUGACUGUUUGUAUUCAAUAACUGUACCUUCUUUGUACCAGGGAAGGGAACGUGGGACUUAAGAGUCCUUAAAUACUUCCUAAUGGCCUUGUUCAAAUCUCCUGAGUGCCAGUGACUUAUUCUUUUGAAAUUAUAACUCUAGCUUAUGGUCCCUGUGAUAUAGCUGAAGACAAGAGAGUGGUUUGUAUGUAGCAUUCAGAAAAGGGAAGCCAAGUAACAGAAAUCCCAAUUUGUCCUUAUUGUCAAAUGUCAUUUUGUCCUGAUCCAGAGAGUGUGAAUUGUGCGUAGGUCACAUUGAAAGCCAAAGCUUGGAAAAUGUACCUUUUUAGACAACAACUCCCAGAAUGGAAGCUAAUAAACUGUAGGAGCUGUAAUCCAAAAAAGUCUUUCUUUUCCAGGUACUGCUGAAAUGAAUGGGAGAUGUUAAUCAUGCCCAGUCUCAUUAUUAUUUUUAAAGCCAACGUUACCUUUAGCUGAAUUAGAACAGUCAUAUCUUAGCCCAUUAUGUCAUUUGAGAGCUUGUCCAAGUUUGUUUGUUUUUUUGUUUUUUUGUUUUGUUUUUUGCUUUGCUUUUACAUUUUUGGUGCCAAAAUUAUAGGUCAGAGAACAAUACCAUCUUAGCAGAAGUACAAUAUAUUAGAGGUGUGCGGAUAUACUGACCAUCACAAUGUUACAAGUGCUACAAAAUAGCUUUUGACAUGUGCAAUUUUUUGCACAUGACCUUCAGUGUUCAACAAGUUAUCUUCAACAAGUUACCCUCUUCUUCAUUAUCUCUCAGAAGUCCUAUCAAGAACUUACUGGUAAAGGAGGAGUGUUUUAAGUCAACUUCCUUUAACUCUCAUUGUGGCUAGGUUUUCUUUUAUCUGGAAAGAGCAUCAGUUUUGACAUAAUGUCCUUUGACAUCAAUAUCAAGUAGUUUUUUGAACACUCUAUUCGAGAUCUUCUUUCCUCAUCCACUGUUCACUUAAAAUGGAUAUGGAUUUCCCAUUAUUCAGAAAGCUUUGAGUUUCAAAAUUCUUUUACUGUUCAAAAGCAGAUCAAGCUAAAAUAACUACAGCUGGCAAUUCUGUUCUCUCUUCACUACUUCAGGAUUUGUUGGCCUUAUCUUUCUGUUUCAUUCAAGUGACCAAGUGGAGAAUCCAUAAGACAGAGAUGGGGCACUUUUGGCCUUCCAAUUGGUCAUGGAUUACAGCUCUUUAUAGUAUGGAUUUGUGGCUAGACUGACUAGGGCUUCUGAUAGUUGGAGCCCAACAAUGUCUAGACAAUUGAAGCACAACAACUGCAUGGUUUUUGCCCAUCUCUCUAGCACUGACAGUGCUGCCUGUAUCUUACUCUAUACAGUAGGAACAAAGUUAAGACAAAGGCUCUUUGGGAGACAAGUGCUCUGAAGUACUCAACAUUUGUUUAUAAUGUUAUUAGCAAGGUCAUGUUCCUAGAUCAGCUACUUUGUGAUACUAGACAUUAAUGUAUUUUGUUAAGUAUAUCAACGUUGUUGGAUUUCAACUACCAUAUAUCCUAGCCAACACAGUCAAGGGUCAAGAUUACAGGUACUGUUCAAUGUUCAUUAUGCUGAGCUCAGUAGGGUUUCCUGGCUUGGCUUCCCUUUAGUACAGCCUGACUUUGUGGUGUGUGUCAGGAGUGACUAGAGAAACUGCAAGUCACUUCUUAUGUGAGAGAAUUGACUGUCUGCAAGGACAUUGCCCAGGGGAUGCCUGGAUGUUUUGAUGUUUGUACCAUCCUUGUGGGAGGCUUCUCUCAUGCCCCCGCAUGGAGCUGAAGCUGGUAGAGGGAGCUCAUCCACGCUCUCCCUGUGUUGGAUUCAAACCGGCAACCUUCAGGUCAGCAACCCAACCUUCAAGUCAUCAGUCCUGCCGGCACAAGGUUUUAACCCACUGCGCCACCAGGCAUUAGUUACUGUGCACGAAGGAAAUCUGUUGUCCCAUUGAUGUAUGUUUUCACCUCCCUCCAGUGUGAUAGUCAGAAGCAUGAUUCCUCUUACAAUUCCUUAUUGCCCAAGAAAUCACUAGCAGGAGAGUUAUGGAAGGAGAGUUAUCAAUCUCCUUUACCCCCAUCGACAGGAAAACAGACCUUUGUUGCAUGGAGGCAUUUAUUUUAAGAGUCAGUGAACUCAUUGGACAAUAGAAAUCUUAUUAUAUUACUAAAGAGAAGAGAAAGGGAACUGUAGAUUUCAGUAAUGAAGUCCACAUAUUAGUCUCUUGUGAGAAAAAGAGGCAUCAUGUGUUCUUUUCCCCCUCAGUGGCUUGUGCUGUCAGAAAAGCCUCAACUUCAGCUGGAUUGUAACAUUUCAUUGUUGGGGAGGCAGAGGCAAGCAGUGUUUUCCAGACAGUAAAGCAAUUAACUUUUAAGGUCGUAGCCUUGGGGAACAGAGAUUUGGGAUACUCUACACUUUAUUUCAAGAAAGCAGACUGAUCUGACAGGAAAAUUGAUAUCUGUGCCAUUACAAAUAUGAAGGGCAAUGCCCUCUGUGGAUACUCAUUAGUCACAAAAGUGGUCCUAUUGCAACAGUAUCCUAUGAGCAUGGGAUUUCCAGACUGCUAAACCAGUGGGAUGUUUUCCUUUUUUCUUUUUGUUCACCCUGAUAACAUUCCUCACAGAUAACUCUUUGGAUGUUCACAGCACAAAGCUUUCAAUCCUGUUCUAUCACAUCACAUGUUCCAUAUGAAGGAUCUAAAAAGCACUCUGUUGAGGCUGCAUGUUGUAAAGUAGUGGUUCCUAACCUUUGGGCCGCCAGGUGUUUUGGACUUCAACUCCCAGAAAUCCCAGCGAGCGAACCAGCUGUUGGGAACUUGGGGAGCUGAAGUCCAAAAAAAACACCUGGAGGCCCAAAGGUUGGGAACCACUGUUGUAGAGGAAGGUGUUUGCAUUUAAGGGAAACAAUAACCCUCAUUCUGAAUUAUUAAGGUUGUUCAAUAAAUUAAAGACACAUACAGUGGGCCUGCUAUGAGUGUUUGGUUCAAAAAUCCCAAACAAAUACGAAAAAAUGAGUGUGAUAAUCCCCUCCUGUUAUUAAAUGAUGGUGACAAGAACAUAUACACUUCAACAUGUCCAUAUUCACGUUGCCACUUUUUAAUAAUAUGGGAUGUGAUGAUAUGCAGUAGGUAGAAAUAGUGGAUCAAAAAAGUUCAUGGUAUUAGUGUACAGAUUUUCAAAAAGCUAACUUUAAAAGUUGCUUUUGGAAAGCUAGGCACAUUUUCUGCUCCUCCCCGACUUCCUUUCUUUACAGGUGACGGUGUCAUGGAUACUGUGUCUUUUGGCAAAUGUUCCCCUACUUUAUGUCUGGCUCUCUGUCUGUCCUUGGAUAGGAAUACCAGCUAUGGAUGAUUAUAUCUUCAGGUGGAUUCCCUUGUGUGCAGUUGACAACUACUUUAUGAGUAAAGCUCAGAUGCUGAAAACAUCUCUUGUAGAGUGAUAUGGGAAAGCAAACACUCUGGCUUGUUUGAUUUUUUUCUUAAAGAAACAGAAAUCUAGUAACUGUGCUGUUUCCAGAUUACUUUCUUCAUGUACCACAAACGUGGGGCACAAAUCCUUGUAUUAAAAACAAAGAAAAGGAUGAUCUACUGUAGUAAUACUCACUUGUUGGAUGGAGCUAUCAAAGUGUCUCAAUUAAGUCUCAAUGACAGCAGUGACUAUAUAUACAACUAUGUGCUAAACUCUCUUCAAUGCAUUCAGUGGGACUGAAGUGGGAAUGGUUGUGAGAUGAAGUUCUUUAGCUCAGAACUUCCACUUGUGACCUCUUUUAGCCCCAGGAAUUUUUUACAUGACCUCGGAUAUAUUGGUGUAUAAAAUAGGUAUAACCAACAAAUAGUUACUGAUUUUUAAAAAAUCAGCAUUUACAAGGCUAGCUAAACAGGCAGAUUUUCCCUUCUUAUGAGCUACAGCUGAAGUAUUUUCUUCAGAGUCCAUUGUAAACACUGCACAGAUUUGUGCAAAUGUCUAAAACAGCAGUGGCAAUGAGAAACCAUUUACUGUUGCCAAAUUUUUCAUGACCCAUCAUUGAACUAAAGGGAUCCCAUUUUGGAUUGGGACCCACAGUUUAAGAAAGUGAGGAAAGACAGGGGUGGGCAACCUGUAGCCCUUCAAAUCAUAUUGAAUGCCAGAUUCUGUCCUUUCAGCCAUCAUGGUUAAUGGCAGGGAGAAUAGAAGCUGGUGUCCAAUGUCAUCUGGAACCCCCAUCCUUGGCCUUCCCUAUUAACUAUUUCCGCACAUAUACAUGUCUGUUAUUUCAUUUAACAUCUUCAGUUUUCUACAACAAAUUGAACAUGUGUGUCAAAGAGCCAAGCAAUGAUGGGGUGCUUGUAAGCAAAUUGUUCUAGGAAACAACAUACAACUGAACCUCCAUUACAUUUAUUUUCCUUUUCCAUUUAGGGAAUGGCUACUUACUACAGUGCUAUCUUACUUUGUCAGAUGUUCUUUUCACUGUCCCUAGUUCACAGUAAAGAUAGAGUUGAGCCUAUGCUUACUGUCCUAAGGCGAAGAUGGUUAUGAUCUAAACUGGGCCUUGAGAUUUCAAAGAAGAGCUCAAACAAUAUUUAAGUCUGUUUUCUUUUUAGAAAAGAAAGUUAUUUUGGCUGAUUGUGCUAAGUAGAAAAGGAUAACUCUACUUGGUUCCAAAAGGGCUUUCAUGUUUAGAUUGGCUUGUCCUAUGUGUCUCACUAUAAAGCCUUAAUUUACUACUACCAAGAAAUAAAGCAAUAUAUUGGUAUAA